GCUGGAACCGUGUAACGGCUGCUAUAAAUUUUCAUGACUGAAUUUUUACAGUACAAAAUACGACCGUAAAGGCCUAAACACCAUAUUGAUUUUUUUAAUAUCCGUUUAUCUGCCGCCAAUAACCAAAGACUCGAGUUUAAACUUGCCAUCAUAAAUCAUCCACACUCCAAGUAUCUCCCGUAAAAAUUUAAAGACCAGAAUUAUAUCUCUCUACCUCGGAUGAUAAAGUUGUUGAUAGUUCAAAUUUGCAUAACCAGCGAUCACUGUUCAAUUUUCAUAAAUUGCUUUGGUUGUCAGUGUUUCUGUCAAUUUUACCAUCUGAAACUAUCAGCUCAACCACUGAACGUCGCGUCCGGCACAUAAUCACAAGUUCCAAGUGAAAAGACUGCAGGUCUUCAGAAAAGAUGUUGGCUAUUCUGUUGACGGUGUGCACGCUGCUGAUGGGUGCAGCUCUUGCAGCGGAACAUUGCACGGAUCCCGUGUCGUAUAUCGACGUCAAACUGUCCUUCACUGUAGGGAUCAACGAUCAGUGUUCGCAAUGCUCGUUGCAGCCGUGCACCUUGCUCCAGUUGAUGGCCGCCCAUAGGCAACAAGCAUGGAGUUUGCAGUGGCUCAAGUAUUCAGAACCCGGCAAAUUGGCCUGGCUGGGAAAUUGCACCGACCCGACCAUCGCAGAUGACAUCUUCGACUGCUUUUACAACGGCCCCGCCACAGGCAUCAACGGAAUCGCCUACAAGGCCGACCCCAACCCAGUUCACAGCAUACAGCCGUACGCCUGCUGCGACUUGGUGGAGAAUUUCUACGUGAGCCAUGCGACCUUCCCAUCGGCAGACAAGGGGGCCUUAGCCUGCGAGGUCGGCGGGGCGGUGGCCUGUAGCUACGAGUACUUGCAGCGAGUUGUCAGUAAGAUGCCGGCGGCCACGUUCUUCACGCCGUACGCUUGGUAUAACAAGUUCAACGAGGCAACGCGCAGGGAACUGGGCGGCACGGGACUCGCGCCGUCCGUGCAGGGGGCCGUCGGUGGGGGGCACGAGCAGUUCUGCUGUGGGAAGCUGUCCCUUCAAAUGUCCGACUACGUCGAUUAUACGACCUCAGGCACAGAAAAGCUGGACAAUUGCACCGCUAAUAUGGGCGAAGGGGUCCACGUCUGCAACCUGAAUGAGCUGGACAGAGCUUACGAGUUAGGGUUUCGCUAUGACCACGAGUGGGCCCUCUUCGCCCAACACACUCGGGCUUUCAAGGCUGGCAAGGCCAACUGCGGCGGCGCAGAGGUCCCGCAGUGCUACCACGAUAGAAUCGCGGUGGAUAAGAAUACUGCUAUAACCUCGCAACGGCAAAUGCGCAUCGCUUGCUGCGGCCCAAUCUAGGUCAUCGUAAACGG